AUGAAUGAGAUAGUUUCAUUCAGAAACGAGGUCAAAAAGACAAACGCUGAUUUUAAGGAUUCCAUGGAAAAAUAUGCGGAUUGGAUUGUUGAAAAUGGUCGAAAAAUUGAUGAUGCGGUUAAAUCAAUUACUGAAUUAUCUAAGGACAUUGACUUCAUAAGACAGGAAAAUGUAAAUCUCAAGAAAAUUGUAUCGGAUUUGACUUUUAAAAUGGACAUUCUUGAACAGGCUUCAAGGGAAAAUACCGUUGAAAUUCAGGGUAUACCAUUUGUGGAGAAAGAAAAUGUGAUGGAAAUGGUUGAAAAGGUGUCUAUGGCUAUCAGUUUCCCCUUUGAUCAAAAUAUGGUUGACAAAUGUUAUCGAAUAAGAACGAGAUUUGGAGCAUCUGAAAACCCAGGGAGUAUAGUAGUUCGCUUUGUGCGAAAUAUUGAUAUGCAAAUGUUUAUACAAAAAAGAAGAGAUAAGAGGAAAUUGAACACCAGGGACAUUGGCUUUCUACUGGGAAAUUCUUCUGUGAUUUAUAUCAACCACAGUCUGACGCCGGCUAAGAGGAGGUUGCUGCGAGCUGCGCGGCUGUGUCGCAGUGAGAAACAGUACACUUUCGUAUGGGUCAGCGGAGGACGCAUCUUCCUACGUAAAAAUCAAGGAGAUCCGGCAAUUGAGGUGAAGCGAGAAGAGGACCUUGAAAAGUUGAAAUGA